AUGUCAAAGUUAUCAGUGCCGGCUUCGGAAUCGAGCCUGACGACACGCAUCUCAAUGCGAUGGGCAUCAGAGACACCUUUCGAAACCACGGACACAUUGGUGAUCACAGUUGGCGAAUGGUACGUCGAUCUGCGAGUCGAUAAACAGACCGGCAAGAUCGAUUGGGCGCUCGCGGGAGAAUGUAUUCAGGAAAGCAAAGACCCGCGUAUGCUCUCUGUCUUUCUGACUGUCGAUGGGCGCGUCAUCUUCACGCAUGAGAUUGACUCCCACCACAAUUUCAACAUCAGCAACCCGUGUCCAUUUAUCCCGCUCCCCAAUGGAGACGAUCUGGAGACUGGCACUAUGGCUCGACCAGAUGUACCCGGAGCACCGAUGACGGAUUAUGAAGAAGUGUGGAGGUAUCUUCCGUUUCGCGAAGGGCCGGAAGGGCCGGGGCGUGGCCUUUCGUGGAUCUUGGAGUCUGAUGAGGGUGUUCUGGAAGAGGGGCAGCACAAAAUUACCAAGAUGUUUCUAGCGGGAAUUGGUGGCUCGUAUUUGGUCCUCCGUCAGAAGCAAAUCCACGUGGUUAGACGAACACCCCUUGGAGAACGGACUGUUCAAAUCACUGGGGAGGAGGUAAGCACGCGAAGAGAAGAGUGGACGGAUGACCACUGGGAGAUAAAAUAUGCGUUGGGUCCGAACAAUGGUAGUUUGCCUUCAAUGGCUAACGGACUGGGUGUUGACAUGCGAGGACGUAAGAGUGGUGAGAAGGUCACUGUGGGAGGUUGCGACUUCAUUUUGCGUGCAUUUGCUUCUGCGGCCCCGCGGCAAAUCAGACAUUCUCGUCUCUAA